UCGGGGAUGGGAGGCCAUGCCUCCGAUAGAGAGGGAGAGAGAGAGAGAGAGCGAGAGAGAGGUGUGGGGAUCUCAGCGCCAUUGCUGCAGAUCCUCGAUUUCAUGAGUGGGAGAGGGGGGACAGUCAGAGAAAAGUAUGGGGGCCUGUAGUUAACGGGACACGAGUCUCAGGAGUAGAACCCAACCAGCUCUCAUCUCUCACUCUUCCUCUCUCUCCUACGCGAGCCCUCUCAUCUCUCACUCUUCCUGUUUCUGUCCUCCUCAAACCCUAGCAGCCACAGCUCCAUCUCUUCCGUUUCUCUCAUCCUAGAACAGAAGAAAUAUGGAAAAUCAGGGCCUUUUCAUUUGCUUCCACAGAUUUCUCGAGCUCCGGAUCGCUAGCCUCCGUAUGAAGGAAACGUUUAUCUUCUAAUUUUAGGGUUUUGUUUUGGGAGUUUGCAAACGCUUUCUGGGUCAGAAUUCAAAGAUUGUUGAGGAAUGGAUAUGGCUAUGGCUUAGUUGUGAAUUAGUGGUGCAGCGGCAACUCCUAAGUUGCUAUUUAGUCAUGGCCUCCUGAGAUGAAAGAGCCAUGGGCGUGCAUGGCUGCUACUGUGUUUGCUUAGUAAUUCUGGCCAAAUAGCCCCUUUAGACAAGAUAGUUGAAUUGAAGGAGAAAUAUAAGUUUCAUGUGUUAUUGGAUGAGAGUAACUCAUUUGGUGUGCUUGGAAAAUCUGGAAGAGGUUGAAAAAUUCGAUAUUAUUACUGGUGCAAUGGGACACGCAUUAGCCACAGUAGGAGGAUUUUGCACUGGAAGUGCUAGAGUCACCAAUCACCAACGAUUGAGUAGCUCUGGGUACGUCUUUUCUGCUUCUUUGCCCCCAUAUCUUGCGAGUGCUGCCAUUACUGCCAUUGAUAUCCUCGAGGAAAACCCUGGUCUGAUAACAAAGCUGAAGAAAAAUAUUGCCAUAUUAUGGAAAGGAUUGUCAGCUAUACAGGGCCUCUCAUUCGCUAGCAGUCCAGAAUCCUGAAUUGUCUUCCUCAGACUACAGAAAGCAGAUUCUGUGAAUCCUUUUCUGUCCUUUUCUGAUUGUAAUGGUUGCGGUUAUGCAGUUGUUGAAAGAGCAUUCCAUCUUUGUGGUUGCCUCCAAAAAGUCAUCGCUUGAUAAAUGUCGUCUUCCAUUAGGAAUUAGAUUGUUCGUCUCCGCUGGCCAUAUGUAAUCCGAUCUGUUCAAGGCAGCUGCAUCCAUGAAAGGAGUUGCAGAAUUGGUGCUAGAUUAUAUAACCAAGCAGAUUGUCAUUUUCUGAAGGCGGUAUGUCUUUUUACCAAGCAGAAUUGGUGAAAAAUUGAACCCAAUAGAAUAUAGAAAAUGAAGUGUUUAGAAAAGAAUUUUUUUCAAUUCAAGUUGUCUUUUUCUUUCUGUUUAUUUAACUUCGGAUUGGCUGCUUUAUUUGUUUUUCUAGAUUAUAUAUUUUGAUAUUCUCUAAAAACUUAUGUAUCGUCUACCGUCACCUGCUUCUGCUCCUCAACUUGCUUCAUU